AUGUCUGGUUUUAACACUGCCAUGGUAUGGGGCAUGGAUUUACCUGCUUCUAAAGUAUAUAGAAUGUUUCUUAUUGGAACUUUCCAAUUUCCAAUCAAUUGGGAUGAACAUUAUAAACUUGUGCCAGCAUUGAAAAUUUUGUGGAAUUUGGGAGUAAGUUUAGAUGUCCAGGUAUGGGGCAUGGAUUUACCUGCUUCUAAAGUAUAUAGAAUGUUUCUUAUUGGAACUUUCCAAUUUCCAAUCAAUUGGGAUGAACAUUAUAAACUUGUGCCAGCAUUGAAAAUUUUGUGGAAUUUGGGAAUUGGUUUAGAUAAUACAUUUGAAGUACUUGAAAAUUUAAAAAGUCACACUGCAAAAAUAUAA